CACUGAACGUGUUCGACUUUUUCCUUUAUCUCACCACCACCAUAUCGCCUCACGACCGACUCUUUCUUGGUAUUUUUUCGCAAUGUCGACACCAAUAUCUAUCUCUGGGCUCUACAAGGAUACUCUGAAAUUCGUAGACGAGAUGGCGAGGAAUGCACGAUUAGAUAGGCGCCUUCCGGAAGGAACGGACUUCACUGCGGAGGAGAUGAAGGCUUUGCAGGAGCAACUCUACGCGCUCACUAUCUUCCCGACUGAUAAACGGGACUGGUUCUACCUCGCCUUCAGCGCUCGGCAUCUACCCGCGCUCGUGGACGCAAUCCGGACCACCUCACGCGAGACGCAGCGCAAAGCCUUCUCAUCCUACAUCCAGCUUCUCUCCCUCCUCCCCGACCCCGAGCGCAACCCCUACCUCCGCAAGUUCCUCCUGUCCGAGCGCGCCUCCGGCCUGCCCAAUAUCGUCGCCCAAGCCUUCAACGACGGCGUCGAGUGGCUGCGCCCCAGCGGGCCCGGGCCUCUGGCUGCGCUUCUGCGCCACCUGCUCCAGUGGUGCGAUACGGAGAUGGGCGACGACCGGCGCGCGAGCAUCGACAAGGCGCGGCGCGACCGCCUGGCGCGCAAGCUGGGCUUGAUCAUGGCGAACGAGCGGUUCAAGAAUUUCGAAAUGGUGCACCGCGUCGAGGUCGAGAUGCUGCACAAGCUGCUGAAUGCCAUAGACGCGAUGGAGCCGCCUGCGGGCGAAGGGGACGGUGGUGCGCCUGCAGCCGGUACAGAGGGAGAAGCGCCGCCCAAGCCGGGGUACCUCUUGCGCUCGACGCGCGAGUAUUUGGAGGGCAAGAUUCCGGGACAGUAUGAGUGCAAUGUGUGCAUGGAAGAAGAUGCAGAGCUGCGGUGUGCGAAGUGCAAGGCGGUCAAGUAUUGUAGCAAGGAGUGUCAGAUGCAGGACUGGAAGGGAGGGCAUAGGAUGCAAUGUUAUGAGGCGUUGUUCUGAGAUACUACAUUAUGAUGUGAUCGAAUCUGAUUUAAUUGUAAUAUCUAUUAUCUGUUUGCAUCUCAAUCUCGCCUUCUGGACCACCGACAUUUGAG